GCAUUUGGAGCUCCAACAGGGUCACAGGGUUUAAGAAAGUUAAAGGUGGCUUGACAAACCACCACUGUCUUGCUCAGUUGGUAGAGCAUGAUACCAUUAUUAUUAUUGUUGUUGUUGUUGUUGUUGUUCCUGUUAAUCUCAGCGUUGUGGGUUCAAACCCCAUGUUGAGCAAAAGAUUCCUGCAUUGCAGGUGGUUGGGCUAGAUUACAGAUUCUAUGAAACAUACCUCCAUCUUCUCUGGAUAAGCCCUUAAUUAAUUGCACCCUGUCUCAGAAUUGGUCCUAGCUUGCUAUACACCAGAAACAUUUUUUAUUCAUCAGAUUAAAAUGCUGUAUCUGGGCUUCCCUUUUUUGGUUUUGUUUCAACACGCAUGUUAAAGAAACCACUUCCUGUACACUUGUUUGAGAAUACUGAUGCAACUCUUUCCUGCUGUUUUUAAAAAAUAUGUUUGAAGUACAAGUGAUCAGUUUUCCAAAAUAUACACCUUGUAUUUAAUUAGUUUCACUAAUCUGGAAUUGAAUCUUUUGCCCAUGAAUGUAUUGUUGUGGUUGUAUUACUGCCAGACACAUAUUUGGGACUGGUGUGCAAAUGCCUAGACAGUAUGUGAUACCUCUGCUUUCUACACUUCAUAAUACUUGAACGCUAAUAAUUGUAAACAAACUUCCCAACAAUAUUAACAAUGAUGCCAGUGGAGGCUCUUCCACACUAGAGCUGGUGUAGCACAGCUCUGCCAAGAAGAAUGCCAGACAUUAACUACCCCCCCUCCAAAAAAAACCCCCAACAAAUCCACACGCUCCAUUGUUAGCAGACCUCUAUUAAUCUCAGAAAGCUACAAUUGUUAAACCAUUCUGUGUAGCUCUAUAGGGUGAAUAGAGGUCUCCCUAAUAUCUCUCAGACCCUUAACAAACUACAGCUGUCAUGCUUCUUUGCAGGGAAGCCAUGACUGUGAUAUGAUAAUGCUUUAAAGGUAUAGUGCAGAUGGGCCCUUAGUUGUGUCCUAGGUAUCCAUAAAUCUGCUGCUUAAGUGUCCAUUGUUUGUUUGCAUGGAAGAGAAUGGAGAGAAAACCUGAACAAGUUGCCAUGCCUCUGUGAUCCCAUGGGCCACACCUACAUGACUUACUAGCAGUUCUGGCAGGUCCAGUAGGCAUCAACUGUCAUACAUUAAAUUGUAUUAAUAGUCUAGCUGUCAAGGGGAAAUGUGCAAUCCCCCCAAAAAUUGGGAAUUUCUUAUUGAGAUCCAUAGGCCCACUCAAAAUUACCAGGGGGCUACAUAUCCAACUAUAUAUUGUAAAAUCUGUUGAUGCUGCUUGACUUCCACUUCACAUAUUGUUCAUAUAUAUUUCGGGUCCAAUUCAAUCAAUACGGAAUUGCAUGCCUAGAACAUCACACUUUUGAAAAUGCAAUGGUGUCUACCAUGGGUGUAGCCAGGAUUUAUGUUGGGGGGGGGGCAGCAAAACCGAACUAUCUGUGACAUGAUUGGUCAGUUAAGUAUUUUUAUUUACUUGAUUGGGGGAGGGCAGCUGCCCCCACCCCUUUGUGUACCCAUGGCACCUGCUUUGUGUAUUAUUUUGUGUCACAAAUGGAUCAUUACUUGUACAUCUGGCAUUUUCACAUUCAUUUAAAAAAAACAUAGCUGAAACACGUGAAUUUGCACAUUGACCCUGGAAUGAAGAGAUUCAUAAAUUCUUCCAGUAAUAUGUCUCUAUGUGGUUAGUCAUUAUUUUCUAUAAUAGUGAAAUAUUUGGUGGCUACAUGGUUUUUAUACUAGGACAAACAGAAAAUAUAAAAUAUCGAUAUGGGAAAAUGCUGUAUAUAUGUCUAUGUUUUUUGAAAGAAAAAUAUAUAUUCUGCGACUGUAAAGGUUUGGGGCUUGCAGUGUUGCAGGCCUGUGGCAGUAGAUCUUGGUGGCAAGGUUCUGUAGGGUGGGGAGAGAGACACGAUCGCUUUGAGAAUUUACUAGGUGGGGCCUGGAUCAGGUAAAUUCUCUCUGAUCUGGGUGACAGCAGAAUCCAACUGAAUGGAAGUUCCAGUCAGUUGGGAGUUAACCAUCAAUACGAGAAACAGUUGAGUUUAGUCAGUUGAGUUGAAGGGGAGAAAGAGAGUUGAUGAGGAGGGGGUGACGAAUAGACCAAAGAAAAACAGAAGAAAAAACAGGCAUGGGUAUUUAUGCCCAUUGAAUUAUUUUUUCCCUUCUGGCGAAGAUCAAGGGAAGGGAGCUGGUGACUGAGUUGGUCUGAGAUGCUGAUCUAUGUUAAAAGUCUUACCAGAGGAUGGUUACACAGGCAGGUUUUUUAAAGUUGACUAAACUGUCCAAGCAAGCCAGAAAUACAACCAGAGGAGACUUGGGGUAGAGAGGCAGAUUGUAUCCAGAAGCAGGACUAGGAUAUUGGUGGUACGUAUUUGGCUAGGGUGAGAGGUAUAAAUAAUAUUGCCUGAGGUAAAAGCUGCUUAGAGGCUACUGUCUAUUGAGUCCUCAGAAAUUGUCAACUACUGUACUGCCUUUGAGGUCCCCAAUAUAAGUGUCAGUAUCCUGUUACAUAACACAGUAUCAGCAAUCUUAAUUUCAAGUUCAUUCUGUCUAUAGUGUAGGUUAUAUAUAAAUUUUAUAUACAUGCCAUUAGGAGGUUUUGAAAGCCUUCUGAGGGAAACUGGUGGCAGCAGGAAAUUAAAUAAGCGCAGGUACCUAAACCUGUGUUUAUAGAAAGUGCUGCUGAGAGAACUAUAUAUUCUGGACUGGAUAUUUUACUGUUGUGUGUAGUACUGUAAUUCCCCCCCCCCCCCAAGAGUCCUGAAAUCAUAAACCACUUCAAAAUGUGGCUUGGACUGGUGUACAAGCCAAAAUGGGGGGGGGGGUGAAGAGGUUUUAAAAUUAUUGCACAUCUUAUACAUGCAAUUCUGGAAUAUGGACAGAUCUGUAGACUUGGCAACUAUCAAUAUUUUGACAUUGUGAACUAUUAUUACUUAAAUUACUAUAUUAAUUGUAGUGAUUCAAUUUUUUCUGUAUAUGGACAUUGCAAUUCCAAUAUUCUGUUGUACAAGUAAUCAGUUGUGGAUUUUCUAAAGUUUACUUGCUUUUUUAUAUUUCAUAUUUGUUUUAAUUAUUUACUUCGUGGUGUUGUUGUUGUUGUUGUUAUUUCCUGCUCUUCCCCAGCAAACAAAUUAGUAAAAAUAAUAGAGUGGAUCCGGAAAGCACAUCUCCAGUGCCAAAGAGAUGCUUUUAUGAAGUUUAUUUAUUUCAUUUAAAAAAAUUGCAUCAAGAAGCUACUGAAAAAGGAUUAUUGUACAUGCUCACAUGAGACAUUUUAUAAUGCUUAUUAUGGUUCUUAAAUAGUAAUGGACUUAUACCAUACGAAGAGAUGUUAGAGAAGCAUAUAAGGAAGUAUAAGAAAAGGAACAGUUCAGAUGCAAAAUUGACUCAUGGUCUCCACCUUCUACUGAGGCUCCUUCCGAUGAGUAAUUUCCUGUAGUCUUUAUGCUUAUAAAGCAGAACAAGUGAGAUUAAAGGCAGCCUGAUGUUUUCAAGCUAAAUAUCAAAUGCACAACAAAGAGCAUUUUUUAAAAAGCUAAUAUAUUUUGGCACUCUAAGAAAUCAACACAGUGACUGGAGAAUGCCAGAAAUCCAUUUUUUCUUUGGUGUUUUGCUUUUCCUGAAUCUCUCUAUUUCCUGCUACUUUUAUGAGUCAAAUACUUUGCCAGACAUUGGAAAUGCACAGUUUAUUGAGGAAUGUGUGAGAGUGCAUAACAAAUUCCGAUCCAACGUGAAUCCACCAGCUGCCAACAUGAAACGAAUGGUAAGGGAAUCUUCACUGUAGCUAUGGAAAAUGUAAACAUUGCUUUAUGUGUCUUGAAGAUUUAAAAUUACUUACUGGCAGGUGUUUUUAAUUAAGGUGUUAGAUGCUACAGGUGUGUGCGUAACCCUAAAUUAUCACAUUUCCUAAUGAAACGUAAGUUGUGUUUUAUUAGCCUUGGCCUCUAAAGUUCUUUCGAAUGCAUUUCUGCAUAUAUAUUUUUGUUUUUAACUGAAAGGGGUUUCUUAUGCAAUUAUUUCCUUUACUUGAUUCCUACAAGCCAAAUAGCACCAAUGCUGCUUUCAUAGCAUUAUCUGAUGUAAACUAUCGGAAUUAAGGGGCUCAACCUGGGUAGCAAAGUCCAAAUGAAUACACUGGUGCCUUGCAAAACUGGUGCUUUUUCAUGAUAAUGUUUGGAUUGAUUUGGGAGCUUGGAAAGCACACAGCACUAAUUAUGGGUAAAUCCUGACAGGAUAAGAAUUCAUUACCUUUAUUAGGAACAGCUAUGCAUCAGAACAAAAAGUCAUUGCUUUUGAGUUUUAAAUAACUCUUCCACCACCACAAUUAUUAUUUUUAUUAUUUUAUUAAUUAAGCUUAUUGUUUGCCUUUUGUUGCCAAUGCAACCCAAAGCAAUGUACAAAAAUAAAUUAUUCUUUAGAGAAAGGAUUAUGAGGAAAUGAUACAUUGUUGAUAGUGGAAGGAGGCUUGUCUUCAUGCUUAACAGUGUUAAGAUCGUGAUUCAAAACUUUGCAAUGUGCCCCUUAGAUAUAACUGUAGAUGGCUUUAAGGCAUAUUGAGAUAACUAUUGAAAAUUAUAAAAUCUGCAUUUAUUUGGAUUGCUCUCUAAGACAAAUUCUUACAGUUUGCUUUUAAGGUUAAAGGUAAAGGGACCCCUGACCAUUAGGUCCAGUCGUGGCCGACUCUGGGGUUGCGGUGCUCAUCUCGCUUUAUUGGCCGAGGGAGCCGGCGUACAGCUUCCGGGUCAUGUGGCCAGCAUGACUAAGCCGCUUCUGGCGAACCAGAGCAGCGCACGGAAAUGCUGUUUACCUUCCCGCCGGAGCGGUACCUAUUUAUCUACUUGCACUUUGACGUGCUUUCAAACUGCUAGGUUGGCAGGAGCAGGGACCGAGCAACGGGAGCUCACCCCAUCAUGGGGAUUCGAACCGCCAACCUUCGGAUCGGCAAGCCCUAGGCUCUGUGGUUUAAGCCACAGCGCCACCCACGUCCCUGCUACUGGACUAACCAGCACUAAUUAGUGUCAAUAGCCAAACUAGGAUCCACUCUGUUUUUAUGCUUAUGCUUCUACCAGCAAUUUCCCCUAAUUUUCUUUAAAACUUCAGGGAGGAUGAUCAGGCAUAGAUCCAGCUUCCUUUUGAAGAUCAAACUACAUGUUACAUUAAACGGAUGUUGGAUUUUUUUUUUUUGUUUGUUGUUAGUUAAAUUGCUGCUGUGGGGAAAGAUCAGGACAGUGUAGGGUAGCUAACCCUUUCCUACAAAAACAAAAUCCUCAGCAGCUGUGAGCUACAGGAGAGAAUCUGCUAUUGACACAGAACAUUAUUUGUUAUUUAUCUUACCUACCCUUCCCCAUAAGGUAUUAGAUGACUGCCAGCUUCCAUGUCUAUUGCCAACACAAUUCCCCCACUCCUGCCUGCCCCACAUAACCAACUCUGCAAUAUCUCACUCAGUUAGCACCUGAGGAGAGCAAGGAAUCAUUAAGCAGCUAGCAGGUGCUCACUGUUUCCUAUAUUGACCUUAAUUUCAGUGUUGCCACUGCCUAGCUUGCAGGAGAGAGUGUGGGCUGAAGUAUGGAUGCAUAAAGCCCAAACUAAAUUAGAACUGUAUGUAGCACUCUUAUUUUUAUUUCUAAGGUAAAGAUUUUGUUUUAAAUGAAUAUAUAGUUCCUGUUUCAGGAAGCUUUUAAUGUUUGAUGUUUCAUUGUGUUCCAUUAUAUUUUGUUGGAAGCUACCCAGAGUGGCUGGGGAAACCCAGUUAGAUGGGUGGGGUACAAGAAAGUUGGUGUUGGUGUUAGUUUACACUGUUGAAUGAAGAUGGCUAACUGUAGGUAAACUAUUUUGACUUUCUGUUGAGAGUUGUGGAGAUGAUAAGGUAGUUUGACUGGCUGUUUAACUGCCAGUUAAAUUCUUUCAAAACAAGGAUAGGUUUGGGAGCAAAGUUUCUGUCUUUAUAUAGAGGCACAGUAGAUUCAAAACUGGUGGGUUCUAACUAGCCAGUCAGUGUAUAUUCUUCUUCAACCCAUUAGACCAGGGGUCUGCAACCCGCGGCUCCGGAGCCGCAUGUGGCUCUUUUACACCUUUGCCGCGGCUCCGGGGCGGAUACUAGCGAGGGGAGGAGGCGCAUUGUGCGCCCCGACACUCCCCACUGUGGCGGGCGCUGUACUGGCUGUGACGUCGCAUGGGGGCGGUGCGUGCGUUAGUCACGCACCGUCCCGACGUCACCUUCCCGCCUGCCCGCUACAUUGUAAGGGGCAUGUACGCUGGUCACUGCAUUGAAAGGGGGCAUGUACGCUGGUCACUGUUUUGAAGGGGAGUGAAGAACACACACACACAAAAAGGUAACUUUAACGUUUAUUUCUAUGAGGAGGAGUAAUUCUGAGGGGUCAAACAAAGAAAUAAUAAAAAAAGUGACAAAAAAGUUAUUUUUAUAAUGACGAGUUUUGCGGCUCCCAGUUUUUUUUUCUUCGGAAACGGGUCCAAGUGGCUCUUUUUGUCUUAAAGGUUGCAGACCCCUGCAUUAGACCAUAGUCACGACCUGAUUUGCAGGGACGCGCUGAAAUUUGAAAUGAUUGGCUGGAAAGAGACCUUGUUUCUAAAUAAAAGGGUUGUUUAAGACUUCAAUCAUGCUUAGUCAGAGGAAACAUGAAGAAGAAGACAGAAUAUCAGGUACAGGAAGAACUAGAAGCUGGAGGCAGGCAGGAGGGCACUGGGGCUUAGAGGUUUGGGAAGUCUAAGAAAAUCCAAGAGCAGAAAUCCCUGCAGACCUCCUCAGAUCCAACCAUUGAAGAACAUACGUCCCAAGAGGCAGCCUUCAGGAGAGUUCUAUAGGCAAGUCAGUCAGACGCUGAAUGCCUGAGGUAGCAGAGAGUGCUGCAUCAGAAUUCCUGAGAAAAACCUAGAGGACUCUAGAGCCAGAGGGCUGCAAGUAAGGAGGUACUGGGCUUUGGGAAGGAAAUAUGAGGGCUCUGAGUCCUAGAGUCCUCCCACCUCCUUCCCAAAGCCUAGUUAGCGCUUUCCCAGCUUUGGGAAGGAGGUGGUAGGACCCUGCCAGAGACUUGUACCUCCUUCCCAAAGCCCGGCGCCCCACUUAGCCGACUUUGAGAAGGCAGUGCAGGGGUUGAGGGGUGUCACUGCAUCAAGGCAGUGUGUGGCCAACGGGUUCCAUGUUGAAGUACUAUUGUGGCCCACUUGGUAUGAAAAUUUGGACCAUCCUGCUCUAUAGGGAAGAGAUGGUGGACCUGAGUGAAGAGUGCAAGUCCUCAGUGUCUAGCUGAGUGUUACCUGGGUGUGCAUGGUUUAGGGGAAUUGGCUUUAAAGCUGAAGAGGGAUGGAACUGAAUCUCCCAUCUUCCUUUUGAAACACAACAAUAGCCUUAUAUUGUAACAAUUCUGAUUUAAACAAAAAACAGUAGCAAAGUGAACUUCAACAUAUAGUAACCAUACAAGCUAAUAUCAUCUGUUUAUAACAGCAAUUAUUUAAAAUUAAAGUGAAAAUGAAGCAAAUUAUAUUUUAAGUUGAUACUGUGCUAUUUGUCCUACACUUAUAGCUGCUGGGAGGUAAACGUAGGGCAUAAAUUGGUAUGUGGAUAUAUGGUGGCAACAGUGAAGGGGUUAGAAAAAUAAGUAAAAAAUUAAUAGCUUAAGAAAAUAAAAUCUAAAGGUGCAAGGUACCUUUACAUAACAUUAGUAGUGGAGGAGUGGGAUCAGCACAAUAUGGUGGCGGUGGUUUGCGAUCUCCACCCAUGCAUUCAAGUUAACACAGAAGACUUAAUUUGGCAUUUAUUUCCAUGUUUUGGGGGAGGGGUGGUGACUAAAUUUGUAAGAGCCUUAAUUCUUCUAAAUUUUAGGAUUUUAAACAUUGUAAAUGAAAUAAUCUGUCUUUUCUGUAGAGCUGGGACCACAAACUAGCAGAGACUGCCAAAGGCUGGGCAAAGAGGUGCCUAUUUCAACAUAAUUCUGACAUCAAAAUACCAGGGAAGGUACACCCCAACUUCACAACAGCUGGAGAAAAUAUUUGGACUGGCUCCUUUCAGAUUUUUAAUGUGACUUCGGCCCUCACUGAUUGGUACAAUGAAGUCGUGCAUUACAACUAUGAUACCAGAUACUGCAGUGAUGUAUGUGGACAUUACACUCAGGUAAGCCAAUGCUUACAUCUUGACAGCUGAUGUUGUAUGCUUUCUAACGUGCUGUGAGUCAGAAAAUCUCUGCUUCGGAUUUUGCCCUAAUCAGUAAGCAUAACAGUAUCCCACAGAUGCAGAUACGAGUAGUAACCUACUAACAGAUGUUUUAAACUGUUAAUGUAUUUUUAAAUAGCAGUAAUCUGUCCUGGAACCUUGUGAAGGGUAAGUAAGAAACUGAAUUGAUGAUGAUAACAGGGUUAUUCUAAAGAUAACUCGUAUAUGUGAAGCAUUGAACAUUCUGAAGCGCAGUAUAAGUGCUCCAUGUUAUAUUUUCCCAUCUAAAUCUCAAGGUUUUUCCACUGAAACAUCAAUAGUGUUAUGAUUAUUUUCUGGUCAGAGGGAAAGUUGCACACACUUAAUAGUGUGUUGCACACACUUAAUUGCAGAGAAAGAAGUAGUCUAGUUUACAGUUCCGACUGAAAGGGGGAGGGAGCCCUCAAUAUCCCUUAAUCUGCUUUGCUUUGAAAAACAAAGAAGCUGGGUAAGUUAGCUGUUACUCUAGAUCAGAGGUUUUCAACCUUUUUGAGUCCACUGCUCCCUUGACCAACUACAUUCUUUCUGCGGCACCCUUGUGGGGCUCAGGAGCCCAGUUAUGUCACACCUAGCCUGCAGAACUGGCAGCCUCUCACCCUUUUUUUUUUGAACAUGCUCCCUUUUGAACAGCCUCCUCUCGUUCAGAGUCCUCUGGGCAGCCGCAGCUGCUGCCCCUGGUCUCUGAACUGCCCUCCCUCAAAGAGAGGUGCCUCCUCACACUGCCCACAGGGGUCUGGGACUUCAUGUCUGUUCCCAACUGCAAGGGCUUGUGGAUUGGCUGGCUGGGCUCCCUUGCCUGCUUGCUUGCUUACUCCAAGGCCGCCUCAGCUCCUGGCAACCAGCACCUGAGACACCAUUCGCCUGGGGAGCUGCUGCAACAAAUAGCUGUGCAAGCCUUUGGGAGGCAGAGUUGAGAGGGGGCAUCAGAGAGGGGAGGGAACGAGAAGGCCAGUGUUGCCUGCAGCACCGCUGACCAAUUAAGGCACCCCAGGGUGCCAUGGCACACUGCUCUAGAUAAGUCUUAAUACUAAAUAAUCUUCACAAUCUACCCAUUUAAUUUCAGAUGGUUUGGGCAACAACAUACAAAGUUGGUUGUGCCGUUGUCUUCUGUCGUCAAGUAACAGGCUUUACGUCGAAUGCUGCACAUUUCAUUUGUAACUAUGGGCCUAGGUAAGUGUCAAAGAAGAAUGAGUUACCGCAAGGGGUAUGUGGUGGAGUUGGAGAGGGUCAGUUGAGAAGCACAGUUGGACAAUUAGAGGAGCUUAAUGGGAUUAGGCAGAGGAGAGGAGGUUGGUUGUUCUGUUCAUAUAGUAAACAGAGGAAAGUCAAGUAUGGUAGGAUAGUAGACAGAAUUGAUGAUGAUGAUUUAUUUUAUUUAUAAAAUCACAGCUUGUGCUUCUCUUGCUUGCUUUUUUAAAAUUAUGAAUGAUUUGUUCUGGUCUGAAGAAUUCUAAGAAAAAUACCGGUAUAUCUCAUCCCAUGUGUUAGCUUUGAUAUGCAGAGUACACCAAACAGCAGGAGAAUAAUGUGGUUGUUGUUGUUGUUGUUUAGUCGUUUAGUCGUGUCCGACUCUUCGUGACCCCAUGGACCAGAGCACGCCAGGCACUUCUGUCUUCCACUGCCUCCCGCAGUUUGGUCAGACUCAUGUUUGUAUUUUUUUUUUUAAAUAUUUAUUGAGAAUUUAAAAUUACAGAAAGAAAAAGGAAAAAGCAAGAAAAAAGAAAAGGAAAAAAGAAGAGAUUAAACAAUAUAAGUCAAUAAAAACAAAAGUCAAAAAAAAAAGACAAAACACACAAUACAUCAGAAUAAAAAAAACCAAAAACCCCCAAAAAAUUUAAAAACAAAUCCAAUAUUCCCAAAUCCUUAUCUUUCAUUAGCUUGUUUCAUCGACCUCCUCACACCUCCCUUUUUUGUAUUCUAGUUAUUAAUUAUCUCAGCAAAUCCUUUCCAUCUUUCACAAUAUUUUGUCAUUAAAUUAUCUUAAUCUAUUUUAACCUUAUCUUACCAUAAAAAACCCUAAAGCUUAAAACUUAAAUCUUAUUUAUACCUAAUUCUUUUUAACAAAACAUAUUUAUACAUAAUUCUUUUUAACAUUUCUACUAAAGCCAAAUAGUUUCAUUCCAACAUUUUUCUAAUACUCAUUAAUUUUACAAUAAUUUUCUAAAUGAAUUUUUAAAACUUUCUUCCAAUCUUCAUCCGUCGUCUCUUCUUCAUGGUCUCGGGUUUUGUCAGUCCUUUCUGUUCCAUCCAUCUAGUCCAUCAACCUGGUGACCUUCUAUCCGAGGCUCUUAAGUCUUUUCCAUGUCCCUUCUGCAGGUCUUCUUCAUGUUUAUACCUGCACUUUACUUUAUCUUUUGCUGAUCUUAUUCUUAGUUUCCUUCCUUUCUCUCAGGGAGACUCCAACUUGACAAUAUCUUUAUCCCUUCUCGACAAGUCAGCACAUUAUCCAUAGUCAACACUGAAAUCCAAAAGAUAUUUAAAGGCACGUUUCAAAGUCCCUCCAAGAUUGAGAGCCCCCACAACUCCGAACUCCCCCUGGCCCAAAGCCAGAUCCGAAAAGUCAAAACAUCCCUGCAAAGGGGGAUCUAUCCAACUUCCCAUCUCCAGACCAAACAGUACUCCAUCUCUCCAAAUCUGACUUUUUCCAGGUUCAGUCGUCAAAGACAACAACUUAUGUUCCUGCAAGGCCGCAGCUCUCUCCAUUUCUGGUACUUGAGGUUCAGCAACUACCUCCUCCUUUACCUUCUUCACCACUUGCUCUGUCAAAGCACAUUCCUGGAUUGAUUCCUGAGUGGUUACUAUAUAAGUAUUCACUGUUUGUCCAAAAUUUCCAACUGCAACAGUCAUCAAAUCCAUCUUCUCAUGUAGCUGUUCCAGUAAAGCACUUGUCUUGCAAAAAGCAAGCACUAAAGCUUCUUCUGGGCACAUUCUUGUUCAAGGUCAGUGUCUAGUUCCCACGAUCUUUUAUCUCUACAGCUGUAGAAUUCCCCAGAUCGACUCCAGCAACAGUUUCACAAGCUCCCUCUAGAGGAAACAAUUUCUAUUUGUAUCCGUCUUUUUAAAAGCAGAUUCUAGCAACAAAGUUCCUUUCAUUUCCCAGAUAUUUCGUUCCUUUUAAAUGCAAAAGGGAACAUUGGAAUCAAUAUGUUUCUCUUUUUUAACUAUCUGUCAAAAACGUUUUGUCCACAGUCAAUGAACUUCCCCAAAGUGUCUGUCUCUGACACCCCGCUCCCAGGAUCAAGACGGUGGAAAUUUAUCUUUCUUUACUCUCUCUUCUGCAGGUUUAAACAGUCUAAAAAGAUUCCCCCCUCUUCUCCUGCUUCCAAGGGGGGUUUAGUGAUUUUAACUGAUGGAAAUUUAGUUCUUUACAAACGACUUCCCAGACUCUAGCUUGCAAUGUCUUUGCUUCAAUCUAUUUACAAAAGCGGAACGCAGACUUCCUGUUUAGACCUUCCCGCUUCGGUGCCAAAUUAAAAAGUUUCUUAAUCCAAUUUUCCGUUCUACUCACGAGCAGUUGUUUAAAAUCCAAUUGUCCACAGGAAAAAGUUAGCGCUCUCCGGCAACAGCAAUGCGGCUUCACUCUGUGAAAAAAGCAGUCGAUUCAAAGCACCGCGCCAUUCACCCCACGUCGCUCCGGAUCCCCGAAACCGGGUUUCCCCGCGAGUAGGGGAGGCGCAAAAGGUGCCAGCCGAAUCCCACGUCCACAGGCUUCUCCCGCCUGUGGUUUUUAAUGGGUCUCCGCCUCGCCGCGGCGGUCCAGACCCUAGUUCUCACGAAGCUGAUUCCUCCUGGUCAGAGGAAAUCCGCCAUUGCCGGAGGCGCUAACCCGGAAGUCCUCCAGACUCAUGUUUGUAGCUUCGAAGACGCUAUCCAACCAUCUCAUCCUCUGUCAUCCCCAUCUCCUUGUGGCCUCCAUCUUUCCCAACAUCAGGGUCUUUUCCAGGGAGUCUUCUCUUCUCAUGAGGUGGCCAAAGUACUGGAGCCUCAGCUUCACGAUCUGUCCUUCCAGGGCUGAUUUCCUUCAGAAUGGGUACGUUUGAUCUUCUUGCAGUCCAUGGGACUCUCAAGAGUCUCCUCCAGCACCAUAAUUCAAAAGCAUCAAUUCUUCAGCGAUCAGCCUUCUUUAUGGUCCAGCUCUCACUUCCAUACAUCACUACUGGGAAAACCAUAGCUUUUACUAUACAGACCUUUGUUGGCAAGGUGAUGUCUCUACCUUUUAAGAUGCUGUCUAGGUUUGUCAUUGCUUUCCUCCCAAGAAGCAGGCGUCUCUUAAUUUCAUGGCUGCUGUCACCAUCUGCAGUGAUCAUGGAGCCCAAGAAAGUAAAAUCUCUCACUGCCUCCAUUUCUUCCCCUUCUAUUUGCCAGGAGGUGAUGGGACCAGUGGCCAUGAUCUUAGUUUUUUUGAUGUUGAGCUUCAGACCAUAUUUUGCACUCUCCUCUUUCACCCUCAAUAAAAGGUUCUUUAAUUCCUCCUCACUUUCUGCCAUCAAGGUUGUGUCAUCUGCAUUGUUGAUAUUUCUUCCAAUCUUAAUUCCGGCUUGGGAUUCAUCCAGCCCAGCCUUUUGCAUGAUGAAUUCUGCAUAUAAGUUAAAUAAACAGGGAGACAAAAUACAGCCUUGUCGUACUCCUUUCCCAAUUUUGAACCAAUCAGUUGUUCCAUAUCCAGUUCUAACUGUAGCUUCUUGUCCCACAUAGAGAUUUCUCAGGAGACAGAUGAGGUGAUCAGGCACUCCCAUUUCUUUAAGAACUUGCCAUAGUUUGCUGUGGUCGACACAGUCAAAGGCUUUUGCAUAGUCAAUGAAGCAGAAGUAGAUGUCUUUCAGGAACUCUAGCUUUCUCCAUAAUCCAGCGCAUGUUUGCAAUUUGGUCUCUGGUUCCUCUGCCUCUUCUAAAUCCAGCUUGCACUUCUGGGAGUUCUCGGUCCACAUACUGCUUGAGUCUUCCUUGUAGAAUUUUAAGCAUAACCUUGCUAGCGUGUGAAAUGAGUGCAAUUGUGCAGUAGUUGGAGCAUUCUUUGGCACUGCCCUUCUUUGGGAUUGGGAUGUAGACUGAUCUUCUCCAAUCCUCUGGCCACUGCUGAGUUUUCCAAACUUGCUGACAUAUUGAGUGUAGCACCUUAAUAUGUCAGCAAGUUUGGAAAACUCAGCAGUGGCCAGAGAAUAAUGUGGUGGCAACUGUUUAUGUUGGUUAAGGCUGCAGGGAGUCUGGACCCAGUGAUCUUGAGCGCUCAGGGCAUGGUACGGAACUCCUGCAACAUUACAGGGAGCUUUUUGAUUUAUAAUUAAUGCAGUAAGUUUUCUUGUGAAGGAAAUACUCUUGCAUCUUCCAGAAUCAAGAAGCUGGCAACUCUGGGUUAAGGCCAGCAAGUCCUUUCUGAUCAUGGUAAGAAUUAAAGUUCAGUUUCAAGAUGAACAGCUUAUCCAGCAAUAGACCUAGUCUGGCGAAUGUAGACAUAGUCUUCAUUACACAUAUACACUGAUUUCAUCCAUAAUAAUAAUAAUUUUAUUAUUUAUACCCAGCCCGUCUGGAUGGGUUUCCUCAGUCACUCUGGGUGGCUUCCAGCAUAUAUAAAAUCGUAAUUAAAGGUCAAACAUUUAAAAAAAUCCUGAUACAGGGCUGCCUUCAGAUGUCUUCUAAAAGUUGGGAGGGCAUCCCACAGGGAGGGUGCCACUGCCAAGAAGAGUAGUUUACUGUAAAGCUCUUUACACAGGACUGCUUUUAAAUACAAUGUUAAUUGAAGACACCAUUACCAGGAUGUUGGAGGAGCAAGGCAGCAUGUAACACACAAAUCACAUGAGUUACCAGUUUCUAUCCAGGCUUAAAGUGAAUAUGUUAACCCCAUAGAGCUCUGAAUUGUUCAAGAUCAGGUUAUCUUAAGAACCGAUGCUGCACAUAUGAACCAUUCUAAGCCUGAUCAUUGGUCCAUCAUAAAAUAGUUACUGAUCCCUGGGUGGGGGAUAUAUUUUUCAAUGCUAAUACAGGUAGGUGGAAUAGCUGGGGACAGAAAGUUCCAGGAGAGGAAGGGUCAGUGGAAGUUGGUCCUAGACAGGAUGAUGGAGGCGGCCUGUCUCUACCAUUUGUUGUUUAGUCGUGUCCAACUCUUUGUGACCCCAUGGACCAGAGCUCUCCUGUCUUCCACUGCCUCCCGCAGUUUGGUCAAACUCAAGUUGGUAGCUUUGAGAACACUGUCCAACCAUCUUGUCCUCUGUCGUCCCCUUCUCCUUGUGCCUUGUGCCUACCAUACUCCUUAUGAAUAUGGUGAGGAAAGGAGGCAAACCGUUCCUGAAGACUGGAGUUCAAGACUCUCACAAACUAUUUACCAUUGUAAGCAGUGGCCUGGCUCAGUGUGCUAUAAAUACCAGAGCUUUUGUGUAAUAUUGCAGAUUAUCACUCUCUGGCAUUCCUUAAACCAGUAAUGGGGGAAACCCAUGCUCUUCCUGAUAUUGUUGGACUACAGCUUCCAUCAGUGGCUAUACUGGCUGGGGCUGCUGGGAGUAGAAAGAACACCUGGAGGGCCACAGCUUCCCCAUUCCUACCUUAAUAAGAAAUGGUAUGCAUUCAUUAAACAUGGGAGGUUUGCAGUAAACAGAUUCUAGUGUACAGUAUUGGUAUAAAAACAACACAUGGUAUUGUUUAGAUGCCUAGGAACAUUAUGUUCAGGCAAUGUAGGUAAGAUUCUGAUAGCAUGUGCUUUGGUUUGAGAGUUCAUUAGAGACAAAUAUUUCCCCAAAACAUCUUAAUUAAAACAAGUUGACAUGGAAACAAACAUAUUCCAUUGUACAUUAAGAACAUUAAUAUUUGUUUAGUUUGCUAAUUCCCAGUCUCCAGGUUUCAGCAAAUGUAAAUACAUAAACAAAAGGGGGAAAUAGAACUCAACAGAAAAUCAUUAAAUGUUAAAAUCUUGCCCUUUCUCUUUUUGUUUCCCUAGCCUCGUACAUUGAUGUCCCUACCUAGUCUCAAAUUAAAUCUCCAAAUGUAUGGUUCCUAUCUUAAAUUGGAGAAGAGGAUUUGAAUUCCCAGUUAAUCAUUGGGAUGGCUAGACCAGUAUCAGCACUUUCAAUAUAAAACAAUUCCUUUCAGCUAUUCCAUGACAAAUGCAUCACCUCUCAGUUUAUGUUAAUUUUUAAAAUGUAUGAGUUAAAUGAGUGUGUAGAAGAAAGGGAUCAUGAUACAUCAGUACCUUGGGUGGAGUUGAAAGCUCGUGUGCCACUUUCAGCAGUUGUCGAAUAGAAAACAGCAAGAAUCCAAACUGUGGUUUAACCUAUCAUUAAACUCAGGCACAUAGCUGGGAAUUGAUACUUGAUGAGUGUAGUAGGUUCAGUCUUGAUUUCGAAAAGGUGGCUGCAUCACCAGUUUAAUGCUCUGAAAUGUCCCUUCUUAUGUCUGGCUGAGAAACUGUCUAAUUAUUCCUACUCUCUAUUAAGAAUUUAUACAGACAGCAAGCAGUUUGAAUGUAACUGGAAUAAGAAUCUUUAAAUCACAUUCUGUACCCCCCCUCUUUCCACAAAGUGAUCUGACAAAGCUGUUCUUUUACAGUGGCAAUUUUCCAACAUGGCCAUACAAAAGAGGAACACCCUGCAGCGAGUGUGACGAAGAACCGUGUGUAGACAAACUAUGUGGUAAGUGAAAAUGAAUUGGACUUGCAUGGCGAAAACAAAGUGUGACGAUCGAUUGAACAUUUGUUACAAGGUAUUAUAUUUAGAACUUGCCAUAGUAGAUUCCUCUCCUAGUUCUAAUGUUAAGUCCCACCACCUCUUGGAAAAAUAGGGACAUCCUAUGUCACACCAUUAUAGCCAGAGAUGGCUGUAAAUAUUCAAGGUCCUGAAGCUGGAAAUGUAAAGUUUGUAGGAGAAGCUCAUAUGAUAACAGAUGACUUAAGCUCAUUACUGUCUAUUGGAUCAUGUGGAGGUGAUACUUUAUAAAAGUUCAGUGUGGAGCAGACAAUCAGCACACAUUUUCAGGCUUUUUUUCAGUGGUGGUGUGUCUGUUGUGGAACUCCACCCCUUCACAAUGGACCACAAAGCAAAUUUAUGGUGAAGUAUCUAUUUGCUUGGAAGGAAGUAUAAUCCUGGGGAGUGCUCUUAUGUCCAUUUUUGUGCCUGUACAAUGGUUUUUAAUUGCAAUUAUGUAGUUGGUUGUGUGUUGCCGCCUGCCACCAAUAAUUGCUGUACUUGUAGCAGCUUUGCAAAGUAGUGCUGGAACUGGGCUGUUAGUGUACAGCUUUGUUCAUACUGAAGUUUCUCCAUGCAGAAUAUUCACAUGGGUAAAAAGUUCCCCAUUAUUUUAGGUCAGAACAUAGUGAGAGCUGGAACCUCUUUGCUAGUUUUCCAGCAGCAGCCAAUAUCCAGCCAGAUACAUUCCACAAUGCACCCUGUAGUGAGAAAUGUGGUUUCUAGAAUGUGAUUUGUUUUUCAGAGACAACAUAUGUAUAACCCCCAGUCUAUAAGAUCUUGAUAGAAUUUAGGCUACACCAGAUUAAAUGUUGUUUCAGAUACCUAGACAGCUGUGAAUGCAGACUCCCUUGCAAAGCUGAUGCAUGCUGUAGAAUUAGAUACAUGCAGAAAACUAAUUAGUUGACUAAUAUUUUCAGCACACUCCAGGAACUUUUGAUUUUGUAGAGGCACGGAAGAUGCAUUUGCUCUACACAUGGAAGAACCAGGGGGGAGGGGGUCACAGAUUUAUUUCAUAAACAGCAGGCUGCCUAGGGUCCUAGAACUUUGGCUUUUUACAUAGACCCCAAGAAGUUUUGUCAGCUUUAGAAUGAUUCAUAAUUUACAAGCCUAAUAAUCGAGGAAGUUUCAAACUUGAACUACUCUUAAUGUCUUUUUACUUUUAUUUAUAGGUAAAGUCCAGGAGGAGUCAAUUUCUGACCAGGAUGAAUCAAUUCGUAGCCAGAAGGAGUCAAUUUGUGACCAGUACUGUAUCACCAUUCUAAUACUGAGACCAUCUUUUGCUUUAGGGACUUUAGCAGCGGUCUUCUUUGUGAAGCAACGUUAUCCCACAAUAUUUUUUUAUGAAUAAACUAGCAAUGGAGAUAAAGAGCUGGUGGAUUAAGCAUAGUCAGCUGGUAGAUGGCAUUAACAAUUAAAUGUCAAGUCCAAAGUCUGCUUUAGAGCAGGCUAGUCAACAAAUCCCAUGAACUGUAGUCAGACAUCUGCAGGACACCACACUGGCUAUCCCUGCCUGUUUUGUUUAAAAAUUGAUAGCAGAAAACAAUGCACCCUUUUAGUUCAUGGUUCAAAAGUGAUGUCUGUUUCUGGGGUGGGUUAUUUCUUUACUUACCUGAUUUUAAUGCAUUUGUUAUGUGUUCAUGUACAUCAAUAAAGCAUAACAGGGAGGCAUAAUUUAUGACAUCUUGACCACAAUAUUAAUAAAAAGUUGUAUUAUUUUAAAAAUGAGCAGUGAUAAUGUAAAUUGUUGGUAGGGUCUAAAAUGUAAACAGUACUUGGGGAAAAUAAGAUUUAACAUUUUCUCAGACUCUGCCUUCUUUCCAUAAGUCACACAUCACAAUACCACAAAUAAAUGCCAAGUACAGGUGUGCAGGUAGCUGGAUAGAGUGGGCAUGCAAACAAGUCUUGCUUUGCUAUCCUCACAACUACUGCAUCCCCACCCCAAAUUCCUCUGUUACAGAGGGAAGGCCUGCAAGAGAUAUGAAUACUCUAUACCAUAAGGGAGACCUGAUAAAACAGGACUUGUGACUGCACAGAUUCAACAAAACCAAGUAGAAGCCCCCUGGCAGACUUUCCCCACAGAGGUCAGGGAUUGGAAGGUGUGCAACAAGUAUAAGGCUGUGGUGUGUGUUUCCAUUCAUUCUGGCAAAUGACACCACAAUAUACUGUACAAAAUAAUAUCUGGUAAUAUUGUGUAUGCUAAAAACCUUCAUACCAAAAACUUUCAAUGCAAAGAACAAGCUGCCAAUUUUACUUUCUGCAAACCUUGAAAUCACUGAGGGGGUUUUCCAGGCCACAGACAAAGCAAAAUUUGCAAGUAGUUUGAUGUGCACUACGACAAUGCAUCUAGUCAGUUAUAAAUCUGCAGUUUAUGAAAACUUCCUCCAGGGAAAAAAAUGGAGCACUACAACCUUAAGGAAAGAUCAUUUCUUUUUCUUUGCAUCUGCUGCAAUUUUUAACUUUACUUCUUCCUCUGGAAGUGCUCCCAACUUCUUCUUCUUUGCCUUUUUAACCUUUUCUUUAAUAGCUUGGAUAUCAAUUUUUGUUUCAGCCGAAGCUACAUAAAAAAGAGAUAAAAUAUGGGUUAUGUAUUUGUAGGUAAACAAAUUGGACCCAAUGUAUAUUCAAAACUUUUACACACAUCCAUUGAACCAAGUAACAUGACAUCAAGUUGUGCUUAGCAAACAACUGUCCUGAUUCACAUGUCGUGAUCGGCUAGAGUGAAUUACCAUGACCAUGUGAAUGUACUGCCUCCCAGAGAAGAGAUUGCACCAACUUUGCUCCUCCUCAGGCUCUUUUAGGGCAGCACAGGAUGGCAGCUAAGCAAAGAUUUGGGUUUAGUGUUUCAUCGGAACCUGUGAUGGUGGUUAAAGGCUCUCUUCCUUAACCACAGGACUAACUUUGACUACAGUGUUGACCCUGUGUGUUGCAGCUGUGAAAAGCAAUUUACAUUAGCAGUCAUUAAGAAAGGGAUUAAAAAAAUACAACUGCCAAUACAAUGCCAUUAAAUAAAUAUAUAGUGCAACUGCAUCUGAAAUACUGUGAACAGUUCUGGUCCUCUCACCUCAAAAUUAUACUGUAGCGCUGGAAAAGGUUCAAAAAUAAGCAACCAAAAUGAUCCAAGUAGUUUGAAGCAACUCCCCAGAACUACUUGUUACUUGGUGUUAUCCUUCAUUAAUGUUAAAGCCAUCAAUAACUACUAGCCAUACUGGCUAUGUUUUCCCUCCCCUGGCGGUAGCAAAACUGUAUGCUUCCAUACACAAGCUGCUGGGAAUCACAAGUGGGACAGGCAGCAUGGAUGCAGCACUCAGGGUGGGCUCAUGGCCUUGCAGCAGGCCUCUGUGAGAACAGGAUGCUAGACGAGAUGAGUCUUUGGUGUGAUACAUCACUAACCAGAAACAUAAUUCUUCACUUUUCUCUUCCUCAGAAGACUUGUUACUAUGUCAACAUAGAAGACCAAUGUUAAUUUAUUACACAGAAAGGCCAAAAUAAUUUCCCUUCAUCGUGUCAAUACUGAAAAGAGAACUCAAUUAUAAAAGGUGUUGUUUUUUACAACAAAUAAUAAUUUGAACUCAUCUUACCUUUCUUUGGUUUUACAACUGUUUUUUCCUUGGGUGGAAUAAAAGCUUUGUUUCUCUC